AUGAAGCCUUCAAAGUUGAACAGGCAUUUAGAAUUGAAGCAUCCUGAAUACAAAGAAAAGCCUAUAGAUUUUUUCAUUAACAGGAGAAGACAAUUAAAAAGUGCCAAAAAAAAUAUGACUUCAAUGUUUUCACUUAGUCCUCAAACUGAAAACCUUGUAUUGGCUUCUUAUGAAAUAUCAAAAUUAAUUGCUGAAACGGGUUAUCCACACACAGUCGUUGAUGAAAGUACAGACGUGUCGGAUAAUGCUAAUCUAAUGUGUUUUGUAAGAUAUGAUCUUGGAAAUACUUCUCACGAAGAGUUAUUGUUUUGUAAAUCGCUACCAACAAGAACAACAGCAGAAGAAUUAUUUAAUUUAAUCAAUAGAUAUAUUAUUGAGAAUGGCAUUGAAUGGAAAAAAUUUGUGGGAUUGAGUAGCGAUGGAGCACGUGCAAUGUCAGGUAUUCGUACUGGACUUUUUCCAAGAGUAAAAGCUGUAGCACCGAAAUGUGUAUGGGUUCAUUGUAGUAUUCACAGAGAGGCAUUAGCGGUAAAAAAAAUGCCAUUGUCUUUAACUGAAACGAUGCAAGAGUGUGUAAAAUUUAUAAAUUUUAUUAAAUCUCGUCCACUAAGCUCGAGAAUAUUUUCUGCUUUGUGCAAAGAAAUGGGGAGUGAUCAUGAAUAUCUUCUUUUACACUGUGAGGUACGAUGGCUAUCGAGAGGGAAUGUCUUGAAAAGACUAAUCGAAUUAAAGGAAGAAGUUUCAGUAUUCUUAGAACAAAAUCCUCCAACAUCUAAAGAUGCAAUAUUUGAAUUUAAAGACAGAUUUCAUGAUGCUAAUUGGUUAGUUAAGGUAGCCUACAUUUGUGAUGUGUUUGAUUUUUUGAAUAAUUUAAAUUUGGCACUUCAAGGUGAAAAUGUGACAAUAUUUAAAGUACGAGAGAAGGUGGAAGCUGCAACAAAAAAACUUAAUUUGUGGUCACGUCGCAUAAAAACAGGAAAUUACGAGGCUUUUACAAUGCUGACAGCAUUUUAA